AUCUGAGCCAUGGCGCGGCGUCUUCGAAGAGACGAGCAUGCAAGGUGACAAACCCAGUAUCAUUCCGCUCUGCUGGGUUUAAUGGCAACCAGAUCGAAGCACCACCCACGUCAUUGGCACCAAUGAGAGCUCACCCGUCAGUCCGAGUACUGUACAAGAUACAGCUGUACCGGUGGCUUGGAUAGCUGCAGAUCUCCAAAAGCCGAAGAAUUGACGCCGAAGACGCAUAUUCUUCUGCAAGGGAGGUCUCUGAUGGUCAGGAAAGGUUCUUGCAUCUCGUCCCUGCCUGAAGAGUGCUUGCAAGCUGAGAAAGCUAAAUAGAGAAUUGAAAGGAAGUGAUUGCAAGUCCGACUUCAGAGAAAGCUGUCAGAUUCCGGAACGGCUAUUCACAGAAUCAUGAAGAAGUGGUCAUCGUCAACCUCAUUGUGCCUGUGUUUGUCGACAUUGUUGUUGUCCUCGUUUCUCGGAAAUGGGAACAAUGGAAGCACCUUUGUGGUAGCAUUCCAGCAUCUCCCCCUGCAUUCCAAAGCCACUGCCACCAGCAGGGCCACCUCUCAUCCUGUGCUGCCGAGACCAGCUGCUACCAGGAAGACCGAUGCAGCUACAAAAAAGUCAUCAUCAACGUCAUUACGUUCUGUUGGCGAGAACAAAGAUCAGUGCAACGUCCCAUAUGAAGGUGAUAAUUGCAAGUACGAUUAUGAUGACCUGUUAGAUUCAGGCCUCGAGCAGAAUCGGCUCGGGAGCAUGUACACUCGAUUCGAUCACGACAAUUGGCUGCAGCAUCGUGCCAGUGAUCGAUUCUUUCGCAACUUGUUCCAAAGUCUGUCCAACUAUCCCAUAUUCCAAAGCCUGUUGGACGAAGUGGGCUUGUUGGUGGCUCUUUCCGUGGGAAUCAUUGUUUGGAACGCCUUGUUCGUCUACGGAUACACAGAUUUCAACGGCAUCUAUCACGAAUCGCCCAUCGCGGCAAUGGAAGAUCCUGCUUUUCCUUGGGACGUCUUCAAGAACUGCAAGUUGGAACUACCGAUUGAUCCAUUUUUGAUAAGCGGUGGUCCGCUGGGUCUGUUGCUGGUCUUUCGAAAUGAUGCCUCAUUCCAAAGGUACAAUGAGGGCUUCCAUCACAUCGAAAAGAUUAUGAGCAACUUUCAGAAUAUGCUGCUGAUGGCGUCCACUGCCAUUGGAAGUGGAGGCGGAGACAGUGGCAAAGUCCCGACCAAAGAGGCCCAAAUCACCAUGGUCAAGGAUUUGGGUGGUACGUCUUUUUCAUUGAUUCGGACAUUGCAACACGAGUUGUCAGGGAAGUUUGAUUCCGUCGCAAAGUACGAGAAUGACAUCCUGAGCUCCUACAACACUUUUGCAUCUCCUCAAUCUUCUGGUGGUGCGCAAAACUUGCUCUCAUCCAAGAAAAAGCUCUUCCGGGCGCAGUACGACAUCCACCAGGCAAUUGAACCAAUGACACCCUACAUCUCCAUAUUGGACAAAAGGACUUUGAUCAAUACAGUCAACGACGUUGCAUUGCAAUGCGCCGAAAGCGAGCGCAUAUACACCACGCCCAUCCCAUUGCUGUACACGCGCCACACGCUCAAGUUUCUCACUGUAUGGAUGUCGUUGAUGCCGUUUGCGCUUUAUGAUGUCUUUGAAAGAUCGUGGAAUCACUUCCUGAUGAUUCCCUGUAUAGCUGUUUUGACGUUCCUUUUCUUCGGUAUCGAAGAAAUCGCCGUCUACCUGGAGGAACCAUUCAGCAUAUUGCCAUUGGACGAAAUGGUCGAAGAAGUGUACGAUUCGAUAGAAGACGUCACGGAAUGGAUGGCCGACGGUGAAACUGGAAUGAAAGAAGUAAAUGGCAAGUUGGACGGAAGCACCAAAACAACCAACGUUGAGGUCGCAUGAUUUGCGCUGCAAGCAAGAUAAUACACAACAAUCGCAAGGAACAAUAUGACAAAGAAUGAGAAAUGUUGGCUCUGCAACGUAGCAGGUGCAUCCGUCUUCCUAUAAUGUAGUUUUAAGAGUAUGCCCAGCCCCGACGAGGAGUUGGAGACAAGCAGUACCAACCUUGACUUAUUUGUAGGCGAGUCUCCUUCACGGGGUUGAUUUAUUUGAAAGGGUGUUGUGCAGAGGAAGCUCCGUAUAUUCAAACCACCGCCUCAUGAGUACCAUGUAUCCAAUUCCAGUCACAGCAUGGUAGGCCAGCAGCAAUGCAAACGAAAUACAUGUACAAGAAUGCCACAAUGCCUUCUUGUUGUGGCCGUGGCAGGUCAAGUGAUUCCAAGACAUAUUUUGGUGUAUACGAAGAUUAUCACACAGCAUUAAUAGCAUAGCUUCCCGACCCUUUCCGCCUCCUUGAUCUUCUUCAGUCUCUUCCUCGCGUGGUCCCAGGACUCGGUGUCCACAAGCUUUUCAAAAAGUGGGCAUCUGCGCGGAGAUCUGUUGCUUGGUACCGUGAAGUAAACCGACUCAGGCAAAAGCUGUUGCUUAUAGAAGUUACCGCUGUCUCUCUAGACUCAUUCGGAUUGUUGGAUCGCUACGAGCAACACUCUCGUUCUAUGCCAUAAAGAUUCCCCACAGAUACCUUUACCGUACCUGUACC